AUGAAGGCUUCUGCGCUACUUUCUAUUGCUCUAGGUGUAUUGCCUGGCGCAAUUGCUGUUUCCGGUGUCAGUCCCGAUAUCACAUAUGCCGGUGUGCAACGAGCCCUUCCCGACGCGCCCGACGGGUACAAACCGACAGCCGUCAGCUGCCCAGCAAGCCGACCGACAAUCCGCAGCGCGGCGAAACUCUCCCCGAACGAAACAUCAUGGUUAAAAGGCCGCCGCGAAAAGACCCUUCCGGCGAUGAAGGAGUUCUUCGGCCAUGUGAACGUCGGCGAUUUUGACGUGGUUGGGUAUCUCGACAAACACUCCGGGAACUCGUCAAACCUUCCCAAUGUCGGCAUUGCCCUGUCCGGCGGCGGAUACCGUGCGCUGAUGAACGGCGCCGGUGCGGUCAAGGCUUUCGACAGCCGGUCGUUCAAUGCGUCGACCGCUGGGCAUUUGGGUGGUCUGCUGCAGUCCGCUACCUAUAUUGCUGGCUUGAGUGGGGGCAGCUGGUUGCUGGGUUCAAUCUUUAUCAACAACUUCACCACAAUCGAUAAGCUGCAGACGCAUAAGGCAGGCGCCGUAUGGCAGUUUGGGAACUCGAUCAUCAAGGGCCCUGAUACCGGUGGUAUCCAGCUUUUGGACUCCGCCAGCUAUUAUAAGGAUCUAGCUGAGGCUGUCGACGCGAAGAAGAAGGCCGGCUUUGAGACUUCACUCACUGAUAUUUGGGGCCGCGCUCUGGCCUAUCAAAUGUUCAAUGCUACCGGUGGUGGUAUCAGCUACACCUGGUCGUCCAUCGCCGACACCGCCGAUUUCCAAGAUGGAAACUAUCCCAUGCCGCUGGUUGUUGCAGAUGGACGCAAUCCCGAUGAGCUGGUGGUUGGCAGCAAUUCGACCGUCUAUGAGUUCAACCCGUGGGAGUUUGGCACCUUUGAUCCUACAAUCUUUGGUUUCGUCCCGCUUAAGUACCUGGGCUCUCGGUUCGAGGGGGGGCUUCUUCCUAAAAAUGAGAGCUGCAUCGCUGGCUUCGACAGUGCUGGCUUCGUGAUUGGAACUUCCUCCACUUUGUUCAAUCAGUUCCUCCUCCAGAUCAACACCACCACCCUCCCCGACUUCAUCAAAAGCGUUUUCAACAACAUCUUCUCCGAGCUAGACAAGUCGCAAGACGACAUCGCCGUCUACGACCCUAACCCAUUCUACCAAUACAACAAAGAAUCCUCGCCGUAUGCUGACCAGACAGCACUGGAUGUCGUCGACGGAGGCGAAGAUUUGCAGAACCUCCCCCUCCACCCUCUCAUCCAGCCCGAGCGCCAUGUCGACGUCAUCUUCGCUGUCGAUUCCUCGGCAGACACCACAUACUUCUGGCCCAACGGCACCUCCCUCGUUGCGACCUACGAGCGCAGCUUGAACAGCACUGGAAUCGGCAACGGCACCGUCUUCCCCGCCGUUCCAGAUCAGAACACCUUCGUUAACUUGGGACUCAACACCCGUCCGACUUUCUUCGGCUGUGACACCUCCAACCUGACCGGACCUGCGCCUCUGGUUGUGUACAUCCCCAAUGCCCCUUACACCUUCCACUCCAACGUUUCAACCUUCCAGCUGUCUACCGACGACCAGCAGCGCGACAACAUCAUCCUCAACGGUUACGAGGUCGCCACCAUGGGUAACAGUACCCUCGACGCCGACUGGUCGUCGUGCGUUGGCUGCGCUGUGCUUAGCCGCUCCUUCGAGCGUACGGGAACCACCCUCCCGGAUAUCUGCAACCGGUGCUUCGAUCGCUACUGCUGGAAUGGCACUGUGAACUCCACCACACCCCACAACUACGAGCCCAGUUUCUUCCUGGCUGAUAGUGCUGCCUCCGCAAGUCUUCCUACUGUGCUGUCCACGAUCGUUGCUUCCGCCGUGACGAUUCUCAGCUUUGUGUAG